AUGGCGGCGGAGGGAGAGGCCCUGAUGGCAGCGGAAAGGGCAGAGACGUCGACUGCACCGGCGGUGGCGACGGAGUCAGGAGCCAACGGGAAAGCGGCGGCGAGCGGGAAGCCGGCGAUGGUGCUGGGGAUCGACGAGAGCGAGCACAGCUACUACGCGCUGGAGUGGACGAUCCACCAUUUCUUCGCCCCCGGCCAGCCGCAGCAGUACCACCUCAUCGUGGUCAGCGCCAAGCCCCCUGCCGCCUCCGUCAUCGGCAUCGCCGGCAUAGGCAUGGCGGAGCUUCUCCCGAGGGUGGAGCUCGACCUCAAGCGCGCCUCCGCCAGAGUCAUCGACAAGGCCAAGGAGCACUGCUCACAUGUGGCCGAUGUCAGCUAUGAAGUGAAAGAGGGCGACGCGAGGAAUGUGCUGUGCGAGGCAGUUGAGAGGCAUCAUGCAGACAUGCUGGUUAUGGGCAGCCAUGGCUACGGCGCUUUCAAGAGGGCCGUCCUUGGGAGCGUGAGCGAUUACUGCACUCACAACGCGCAUUGCACCGUGAUGAUAGUGAAGAAACCAAAGCACCAUAAGAAGCAUGAACAAUUGGGGUUCCAUAGAAAGGAGGCUUGA